AUAAACUCCAUAACUCCUUCACAACUGUCUCAGAAAGUUUCUUGUCUUCCCAUCCCCUUUUAUACAUUUAUAUAUUUAUAGAUCCAACAAAACAUAUAUUUACACUUCUAUUCUAUUCAUUUUCUCACACUAAUUAACUUCAAUUAAUUCCCAUCUCUUAGCUUUGUUUUGUCGGGUACCAAACUUAGCUUGUCCAAAUAAUCCCUUUUGUUUUCUUUAAUUAUACUCCGUAACAUAUAUUAACAACUCCAAAAAAAUUUAUAAAAAAAUAUAUUUUUUGUUUUCAAAGAUGGAGGAACAAGGCAUGGAGUUGAUGAUCAUGGGUUCGGGCGGUUUGGAGGCGGCGGAGGAGGAGGAGCGGCGGCGGCAGGUGAAGGCGGAGAUAGCGACACACCCGCUGUGGGAGCAGCUGGUGGGGGCCCACGUGGCGUGCCUCCGGGCGGCGACGCCCGUUGACCAGCUGCCCCUUAUUGAGGCUCAGCUCUCCCAGUCCCACAAUCUCUUGGCCUCUUAUUAUGCUUUGCACCAUAACCAUAACCAUAAUAAUAAUAAUAAUCACUCUCUUCCUCCUCAUGAAAGGCAAGAGCUUGACAACUUCUUGGCUUUGCCCGAAGGAUCGCACGUAUUGAAUAAAAAAACGCGAUCAUGUCUUUUCUUCUCAGCCGCAAUUCUAUAUAUUCCUGGAAAUUCUUGGUCUAAGGCACAAUACUUGUUAUUGCUAUGCUCAUUCAAGGAACAUAUAGAGCAACAUGUGAGAGUGCACGCCGUUGAAGCCGUUAUGGCCUGCCGUCAAAUUGAACAUAACUUACACGCUCUUACCGGAGCAAUACUAGGUGAAGGAAGUGGGGCAACAAUGUCAGAUGAAGAAGAAGAAGACUUGGAGAUGGGCUUGUGUUUUGAUCACAUAGGAGGAGGAGCCGAUAAUGGGCCCGACAUGAUGGGCUUUGGCCCACUACUCCCUACCGAAUCUGAAAGGUCACUAAUGGAGAGAGUUCGUCAUGAAUUGAAGAUUGAGCUCAAACAGGGAUUCAAAUCAAGAAUUGAAGAUGUGAGGGAAGAGAUAUUAAGAAAGAGAAGAGCUGGGAAAUUGCCUGGUGACACUACCACUGUACUCAAGAACUGGUGGCAGCAACACUCUAAGUGGCCAUAUCCAACUGAAGAUGACAAGGCAAAACUAGUGGAGGAAACAGGCUUGCAACUCAAGCAAAUCAAUAACUGGUUUAUCAACCAAAGGAAGCGCAAUUGGCACAACAACUCACAUUCACUUACAUCUCUCAAGUCAAAGCGCAAGAGAUAAAGGCCCACAUAUUCAUUUAUCCAAAACUCAUGCAUGAAAUACCAUUUGUAUUGAUAUGAUAUAGAUAUAGAUAUGGUUUGUGGAUUGCUUGAAACUCUUAUAUACUUCAUUUGUUCUAAAUUAAUUGUAACAUAAAUGAAAGCUUUGAAGUUGUUUAGAAGUGAAAGCUUGUACUUUAAAGACCAGUACUCAACACUAAAAAGUAAACAAUUGGGAUUUUUUAACUAAAGAGCAAUGUCAUAU